GGGUUUUGGUAGCGUUGCUGCGCGGAUGGAGGAAACGGUUUGAGCAGUAGAACGCGCCUCAGCGGAGAAACGGCUCGAAUGUGAGGAACCAAACCCAGCUCAGGGCUUUCUGUGCUGUCGGUGGAGUUUACGUUUGUGUGAGGAGCGCAGAAAGUUAACAUCCUACAGACUUCCUUGAUUUAAUGGGUCCAAUCAUCGGGAUGUCGCCGGAUAAGAAAGCAGAAUCCCCAGGCGUUCUGGGGGAUCGGACGGGUCUGCGUGGGGUUUGUGAGACGCUGUCCGAGGACGAGUGCGCCGCCAGCCCUCUGGCCACCAGCCUGGACCACAGCUCCAGCUCCGGAGACGAAGAGCUCACCAACCUCAACUGGCUCCACGAGAACCUGCUCCAGAACUUCACCCUGGGCGUCCCCGAAGCCCAGUCCAGCCCCAGCCCGCUCUUCGACAUCGAGGGCAACCACAGCUCCUCCGUCAUCUCCUCGGCCGCGGAUCACGCCGGUGAGUCCGUCAAGUCCAAGCCACCGUUCUCCUUCUCCCUGCUCAUAUACAUGGCCAUCGAACAGUCGCCCAGCAAGUCUCUGCCGGUGAAGGACAUCUAUGGAUGGAUCCUGGAGCACUUCCCGUAUUUCUCUAGCGCCCCCACUGGCUGGAAGAACUCAGUGCGCCACAAUCUGUCCCUCAACAAGUGUUUCCGUAAAGUGGAGAGGGGCCUUGGGAAGGUUAAUGGAAAAGGCUCUCUGUGGUGUGUGGAUCCCGAAUACAGACCCAAUCUGAUCCAAGCCCUGAAGAAACAGCACUUUCCCACAGCCCACUCCUUCUGUACGCCCCCUGCAUCCCCUCCCAGUGCCUUCUCACCAGCACGUCACCUCUUCCUCCAGGGCUGCGCUCUAAAAGACUCUGAUAUUGAUGCCGCCACUGCUAUGAUGCUCUUAAACUCGGCCCCUGGACACCACCGUGACCCAUGUGACCCGGACAGCCCCAUUGACCUCUCUCGCCCGGAUUCGGUCCUGGUGAGCAGCGACCCGAAGCAGGAUCACAACUACAGCAGCUCGUCCUUCCAGCACUGCUCGUCUCGCUCUUCCUCAUCCUCCUCGUCCUCGCUGUCCUCCCUGGACGAGGCCGGCUGUGACUCGGGCCAGGACCGGCGCGCCGGCAGCGAGGGCUUCCACAGCGACGAGGAUUCGGAGGAAGAGAGGAACCCACGUCUGCCCUCGCUCCCCAUCCGUCGCCCGCUCACCGUCAAGUGCCCUCUUCCAGUUAAACGAGCCCGGCACGAGUCCAAACCAGAGCUGGACGAGGAGCUGAAGGAGGCGGCUGGGUCUCUCUUGCACCUGGCCGGGAUCCGGUCCGGCUUGGAUCUCUCGAAGCGAACGGCCAAGAGUAAAAAGCCGGAAAAGCGUCGGAAAUGAAUCGUUUUUAGAGAGAGACAAAUUCAACCCCUAGACUGUGUAUCAGUGACUGUGCCUCCUCCUUUUUCACAUCAUUGAAACCUUUCUUUAUUUUCGUUUUUUUAUACGAGAGAAUUCCCAUCCCUGACUCAAACUACGGCAAUACGCGGAGUUGAACGAAGCCAUACUGAGAAGCUUACGGAGAAACUGCUUCGGGAUUUCUCGGAUUGGGAGAAACUGUUUUUUUUUUCUCUUAAACGUUUGCAUGCUUCCUCUUUAAGUGAGUGUCCUACUCUUCCAAGUGCUUCUGUGGUAUUUAUACAGAGAACGAGUGCAUGUCUGUGUUGUUCGAAGCACUAACCUCUCGUCAUCCACUUUAAAUAUGAGAAUUACGUCAAGAAUUCCCUGCCUUUUUUUUUCUUUCAUGUACUGAACAAAGAAAUGCAAUAAUUGCCAUCAGGCGGCUGGCGUUGCGUUCGUUCUCUUCAUCAGAGGCGCUGGAUAUGUUUUGAGCAGAUGCAGAAAGAAUGUAAGGAUUACUUUGUCAUUUUUUAGGGAUCCAUCAGUGGUGUUUGGUGAUGUUUAUAAGGGAAAAUCUCCUGAAAAUAGGGCACACUUCACUCCAGAAUCAAAAGAAAAAUAAAUAUGAUUUGCAUUCAAAUUAAACCUGGGACAUUUUCUUCAGAAUUCAAAAUUGUCUUAAUUAAAAAUACUGUAAUAUGGUAUUUUUUUGUGAUAUUAUUAUUAUUUUUUUUUUGGUAGCGCAUCAGAUGUCACCUUGCUGUGAUAUCAAUUAAUACUGUAGUAUGAAAAAAAAUAAAUAAUCCAAGCUGUUUUUACAAAUUGGAGGUGGAACGUACAAUAACUGCAAAUAAAACUUGUGAACUAAAAUAACCUUUUUACAUUUUAAAAGUCAGCAAACAUUGUCUUAAAACCAACCCAAAAUUUGCUACCAUAAUGUAUUUUAACUUUUGCAAAAAUGCAAAUAAAUAAUAAUAAUAAUAAAUAACAGU